UCUGCUGGCUGGGCAACAUCCUUUUGGAAAUAAUUUUUUGAAUUUACUUGUAAAUCUAGAACUAUUAAUCGUAUUCUUCAUUUUCAGCUUGGUCUUUCAUUGUACACUGAAGUUUUUAAUUGUGAGCCAGCACAUGCUCACAAACUAGCAUAGUCAACAUCGCCAGAGUGGGAAACAUCUUCAAACUGCCACCAGGCCCUAACCUGAUCAAAAAUUUCACUUGAUGUGCUACCCUUUACACUCAACUCACACACAGUAAUGAUAGAAAUGCUCCUGGAAUCCAUUAUCAACAUGAUGAGGUGCCUUUAACAUUCAUUUGGGUCGCUGGUUGAGUGCAGCAUACCAAGAUGCUGUGUUGGUGCAAAAUGACCUUAAUAGUCAGUAUGUCUUAAGAACCCAACCAUCACCAGAAGUGGUUCACAAUUGCUCACCACACCAAUCCAGACGCUGCCACCACGAUGAGUCGCCUUCCGACGCCCUCCUCGCGGCUGCCGGUCGCCGGCAACUCCAGACUGCCGGCGGUGGGCGCGGCGCGAGCGACCCCCAGGGUGGCCACGUCGAGCGCCGUCGGCAAGCGGCAGGCGACACAGCUGAGCAUGGCGUCCAGCAAGAGGAGUCGCAUGGACACCUCCAACAGCUCGGACGGCUCGGCGUCGGGUCGGCCACCGCGUGCCGGCAGCAUGCGACCGCCGGCCAACCCCGGCCUGCUCCGCUCCAAGUCCGUGGCCAGCCUGAACACGCCGGCCGGCCGGCCCGCUGGCGCCAGACCAGGAACCCGAGGCGCCCCGAUGAGGGAUGUGACCUCCAAAGUGGUGUCCCAGGGCAACAGGAUGACAGGUGACACCGCAGGCCCCAAGCCGGCCGCCAAGCGACAGCCGUGGGAUCUGAAGGGUCGCUUGCAGGACAUGGAGCAGAACCUGAACAUGAAGAACAGCCAGCAUGAGGAGCUGAUGCAGCAGCUGCUGCUCACUCAGGAGCGCGUCUCCAAGAUGGAGACCGAGAAGCAGCAGCUGGAGGUGGGCGUCAAGGAGAAGGAGAUCCGCACGGUGGAGAUCCAGUCGGAGGUGGAUCGCGUGCAGCAGCUGCUGCGCCGACGCGAGGACGAGAUGGACGAGGAGCGCCGCCGGCUGAGCCGACAGCUGGCCGACCUCGAGGCGCAGCAGCAGACGACAGAGGCGGCGCGUGCCGCUCUCGAGCGCCAGCUGCGGGCGCUCGAGGCCGAGCUGCGUGCCAAGACGGACGAGGCCGCCGCGCUGAUGACGUCGGUGGGCCAGCUGACGGCCGCGCAGGCCACGGUGCAGGCGCAGCUGACGGCCGCCCAGCUGACCGUGCAGCAGCUGACGGCGGCGCGCGACCAGCUGAGCGAGACGCUGCAGCAGCGGGACGCCACCGUGGCCGAGCUGGAGGCCAAGAUCCGCUCGGAGGAGACGCUCCGGCGCCGCCUGCACAACCAGGUGCAGGAGCUCAAGGGCAACAUCCGCGUGUUCUGCCGCGUGCGGCCGCUGCUCGGCGACGAGGUGGCCGCCGCCGGCGGAGAGAUACAGCACAUACAAUUCACCGACGAACGCUCCCUCGAGCUGGGCAAGGCCGGAGCCGCCUCUGCCAACGGCGCCGGCGCCGGCCUCAACGAGACGAUGAGCGGACGGCGCCGCGAGAGCGACGGCAAGGUCGGCUUCAGCUUCGACCGCGUCUUCCCGCCGCGCGCCUCCCAGGCGGAGGUGUUUGAGGAGAUCUGCCAGCUGGUGCAGUCGGCCCUGGACGGCUACAACGUGUGCGUGUUCGCGUACGGCCAGACAGGGUCGGGCAAGACGCACACGAUGGAGGGCGGCCGCGAUGAGCAGCUCGAGGGCAUGAUCCCGCGCGCCGUCCGGCAGAUCUUCCAGACGCGCGACAGUCUUGCUGAGAAGGGAUGGAGCUACACUCUGGAGGCCAGCUUCUUAGAGAUUUACAAUGAAACCAUCCGCGAUCUUCUGAACACAAGCAAGGAGAAGCCCACCUACGAGAUCCGCAUGGUGGAAAACAAGACUGGAAACAAGAACAAGGAGGUGUAUGUCACUAACCUCAAGGUGGUGACGGUGGCGGACGCGGCGGCCGUGGCCACGCUGCUGGAGCAGGCGCGUCAGCAGCGCGCCGUCGCCGCCACCAACUGCAACGAGCACUCGUCGCGCUCGCACUCGGUGUUCACGCUGCGGCUGAGCGGACAGAACCGGCUGACGACCGAGACCUGCCACGGCUCGCUGAACCUGGUGGACCUGGCCGGCUCGGAGCGGCUGAAGGAGUCCGGCUCGCAGGGCGACCGGCUCACCGAGACCAAGAACAUCAACAAGUCGCUGGCCAACCUGGGCAACGUCAUCAUGGCCCUGGGCAACAAGCAGGACCACGUGCCGUACCGCAACUCGAAGCUGACGCACCUGCUGCAGCACUCGCUGGGCGGCAACUCCAAGACCCUGAUGUUCGUGAACGUGUCGCCGCGCGAGGACUGCGCCUCGGAGACGCUCAACUCGCUGCGGUUCGCGUCGAAGGUGAACGGCUGCCACAUCGGCACGGCCACCCGUCGCACCAAGUGAAGCGCUCCGGCGGGCUGAGGCUCGGCGCCGCGCCGCCCCGCCGCACCGGCGGCUCGUCCGGCUGGCACCGACACGCCGACGUCGCCGCUGGUGGCAAGGAGCGCCGCACCGCCGGCGGUCGUGCGUUGGCGGCGGGACGGGGCUCUCGAACCGGAGGAGCUCGCCUACCCACCUCCCCCGAGGCGCGGCGGGAGGUCGCGAGCGGGCCGACCGGUGUUUUCGCGACUUGAAUGCAGCCGCUGUGGUUGAUGGUGACCUAGACUUCAUAGCUCCUGUGCCGCAUGUAGCUGAUAUGUAGAUGCUUCUGCUACUGUCGCAAGCCUUCGACUGUACAUACUUUACGUCCCACAGCUGCAGUAGUCUGGCUGAUUCAACGGACGCCCGAGGCACCCUUUGGCGGCCCGUUGAGCAUAGCAAGCGAGUGACGCCUUUUUGAAUAAGCCGUGUUUAGGCAAAUUGUGGUUUUGCACUCUGAAGAUUCGAAAAAUGCACCCAUCUUGAAAGUCCCAACUCAGUGGAGAUUUCGUGCGUAUGCGUGGUGUACAAUCAUAUCUGGAUGCUCAUAUUUUGGCCGAGAGGGUUACGCAUGCUUUAAUGUAAUUUGGAAAUAUAAUCUGUUCUUGCUUUG